GACUUUCUCAAUAUGCUAUAAAUACGUUCUCCUGCAACAGCCCUCAUUUCGCGCCCGAUCCCCAGCCUUGCCUUUUUGUCCAAGGAAUAUUCAACGGAUCUUCAUUUCUCGAUACGGCUGCAAUUGAUUAUAUCUUUCCGGACUAUUAGCAGCAAUAGUCGGACCCUAUCGUGUCGUAAUGAGCGCAUCGCCUUCAGAUGCCGACGACUGGGAAGGGAGGUUGGGUGUGCCAGCCUUGUCGGCGGAUAGUUCGUCGACGAACAAUAAGCGUGGGAGGGACGAUCUAGGAAACAACGCUCUGAUGAUAGAUGGCAGGGUUGAUGAACUAGGGCAGACUCAACUUGAGGGCUCACACUCGGGGACAUCGAAACGCAAGAGAUAUGUCCCUUCCUCUUCAACCGCGCAGUAUCAGAUAUUUCAUGAAGUCAUAUGCCACAGGGGCGGUUUUCAUGUCAAGCAUGAAAAAUUAGCCCAUUAUCUGGAUUCACCGAAGCUUUUUGCAGGGGACAGUAAAGGUAAUGUCCUCCGAGGCAAGGAACGGGUAGUCAUCGAAGACUAUAUGGAAGGUCGCUCUGACAUCGCCUUCAUCGUUUACCGACUAUAUGACUGCAAUUCGUACCAUGAUGAGGUAGAGGAUGAUUUCGAUCGCCUACCAAUGCCACCGAUCGAUCCCGACGUCAUCUCUCGGCUCAAAGCAUAUUUCUUCUCUCUCAGAGUAGAGGGCCAGAAUGCGAAGCCUGUCGGGGAAACUAUCCAGAUCGAAUCUCCAAACUUGACUAGGGCUAUUUCAGAGGCAGAGGCAGCGAUUGGACGUACGCUAGUCGACUUUGGUCCGAGUACCAACACACAUCUAAUAGCCCCGUAUCUCCCAUUCUAUCAUACUAGAGAGAUAUUGAACAAGCUUGUAUCUGAUUGCGACACUAGUGGUCGAGAUUAUCUCGCCCUGUUGUUCAACUUCAUGGCAAUCUCUUGUGGCCAGGAAUGGUCAGCUGCAGACGCCGUAUUGAAAAAUGGAAUGAUUGAAGAAACUCACCUUUCAAAGCUUUUCCGCCCUGGAGACGUGGUAGUUGAAAUGGUAGAUUCUCAGCCAAGGGGUUAUCAAAUCGAGACGUGCACUCUUAUUCCGAAUUCAACUUCUCUCGAACUAAAGACCACAUCUUGGACUUUUGACGAAGGCUUCAGAAAGGAAAAAAUUGAUCUUGACGUGUAUUGGCCGCCAGGGGACGACCGCAUACCCAUCACGAAAUUGGAUAUAUACCCUCUGCAGUAUGAUACUUCCGGGCUGGAGGAGCGGUUAAGAAAGCGUGGUGAACAAUUCUGGAAGUGUCGGAAGAGAGCUUUUGUGGGCUAUGAUUAUCCCAAUCCAAGGCUCGAGGUCCAACCUGUAAAUAGUUCCAAGGUAUAUGGUAGAUGAUGCCACAUACCGAGAGUUGCAUUCCAGCGAUCGCGACCCGUCUGCUGACGAGGAUGACCUCGGGCAAGAAGUUAUGGACUCCAAUAACCCUCCCGAAGACCCGUUUCUCCUGCUUCUCCCAGAAACUAUACGUGGCUUCGGAAUGCAUGAUAAGAAGUGGAAGGAGCUUUCGGUUGAGCACAUUCGCCCUGUCCAAUGGAACAAAGAUGCCUUUGAACGCCAUCUCGUCCUCAAGCCACAAAAGAAAGAGCUUAUAAAAGCUCUGGUCACUGUUCAUAUGGCUAGCAGCAGCUCCUCCACAACCGAUAUCAUCGAAGGAAAAGGGAGAGGGCUUAUCAUCUUACUGCACGGU